AUGUCUGCUAAACGAGUUUUUUCUGCAUCUAAUGUGUUAUUUGAAGAUUCUGAUUGUCCUUUCCGUGAUUCUGAUGACGAUGUAAGUUUUUACACUUUAUUAGAUGAAGUGGAUCAAAUUUUCAUGGAAAAUCCCCUGAUUUUGCCCCUGUACUAUCAUGUGGGUUCCGGAUUUGAGACUUCUUCCUCAUCAGCUCAUGGCUCUGUGUAUAUAGCUGCUUCGAAUGAACGAUCGAUUGAUGAGGCGAUUGUACUCACAGAGAAGUCUCGUCGACGAAACCAUAAAUAUCAGGCCGAGGAGAUUACCUUCCGGGCCAGUAUAGAUAUGGAACGGCUGCCUCAGAACGUGCAAGGCAUCCCGAUGGUCCGAAUUCCUGACACCGUCCGGGAGUUGUUUGAGCAACUUAUUCGCCGGACAACAGCAAAUCUGGGCCCAUCAGACCUCAUCCGAUUCUGUAUCCAAGCAGAUGGGUGGGAUAAGCCGAUUAGCACGUCCCUGAUGGCACAAGGGCUUCACCGCCGUGGCACACAACAUGAAAGGGUUCGAUGGGCAGUUCGUGAUGGCCUGGCUCCUGAAGCAAGGCACAGCGCCGGAGGUGAUCCCUAA